UGGGUGCAUGUCUGAACGACCGGCGGGAUCGGAGCCGACAGGCCCCGUACUUCCGGAGGAAGCCGUAACGCACUUCAACCUUAGAACACGCAACUAAACGCGCCAGAACAAACCAUCUUUUGUUCUAAACUCAACCUCCUUUGUACUCCAAGGUCGAGGGAUCACUCACCCAAGCUUCGUACUUGCAUUUGGCGCCUGCGCGAAGCUGCCAAAACUAGUCAUUUCGACUGGGUUGACCCACGAGCACUACCUCGAGCGACCCAGCUGCCCGCCAUCGUCAUCACCUCCACUCAGUGUCGCCCGACGAACGACUAACGACGCGCCCACGCACCCGCACACCCAUCCAAAAAGGAACGAUGGCCAACGAACAGAUCUCGCUGCCCUCGGUGAUCCUCAUCGUGGUGCUUUCGGUUGUGGUUCUGCGGUACUUGUUCCUGUCGCCAGCGCGGCCGUCAGCACAGCAGCAGCAGCAGGCGCAGGCGCGGGAUUCGGCCGCCGCGCAGCGCAGAAGGGACGCCGCGGUCGAGCAGCUGCAGCAGAUGUUCCCGCAGGUGGACCGGAGGACGUUAUUGUGGGAUCUGCAGCGGACGGGGGGCAAUAUGUCGGCGACGACGGAGAGGAUCUUGUCGGGACGGGUAGAGACUGUGACCCCCGGUGACCUUCCAACCCCCUCCGCCCCCUCACCAAGCCCCUCCUUGACCUCGCAGUCGCACGUACAAAAGGCGCCUCCCAGUGUGACGGAGCCGGAUCUGAUCACGCGGUACAACCUCCAGAACAAGGUUAGCGGGGCGAGCGAGGACGCAGCGGACGACAAGAAGGCCCAGGGGUGGAGUUCAAACAAGGACGAGAGGCAAUCCCUGCUGCAGAAGCGGCGCAACGAGAUGAUUCUGCAGGCGCGGAGGCGGAUGGAGGCGAAAAUAGCCGCCGAAAGGGCUGCUGGGGGUAGUUGACGUGCGGACUGAUGGUAUGGGACAGAUGGAGGAGUAGCUGAAUGGCGGGCUAGGAUUGUACACCUCAUCACGCGUUGACGGAUAUUCCCCCGAGACAGUUUUUAUGUAGGAUUGUACGAGACCAUUCAAGGAGGGGGGGGAAGGGGGCGGUAACGGCUUUGGUAUAUAUUACCCGCAUGUGUUUUUGGAGAUCGGUAUGUAGCCAUUCUAGCCAGCGAGCACAUUCAAUAAUGGGUCAAUAAUGGGAGCACGCUUCACAAGUUGUGUCAGUCCGUCCAGCGAAUAAUCCGCGGUUACGUAGUUUGGACUCCCAAAUGUAGGCGUGGUUGCGACAGGUCCAAGGUCCUAAGGGUAUCCGUCCUUAAUACCCCGGGGGUUAAAUCAUAUCCCGGGAGCUCAAUGCACUGGUCGGAUGUGGUGAAAUGUGUGCUACAUGUAGUUUACCUAAGGGU